GACAUGUGGCCGUGCUGGCUGUGCCCGCAGGUGCCGGGCGCCAUGGCCCCCCCCAAGGACAUCAUGACCAACUCGCACGCCAAGUCCAUCCUCAACGCCAUGAACGCCCUGCGGAAGAGCAACACGCUCUGCGACGUCACCCUCCGUGUGGAGCACAAGGACUUCCCGGCCCACCGCAUCGUCCUGGCCGCCUGCAGCGACUACUUCUGCGCCAUGUUCACCAGCGAGCUCUCAGAGAAAGAUAAGCCCUAUGUAGAUAUCCAGGGACUGACAGCUUCCACCAUGGAAAUCCUGCUGGACUUUGUGUAUACAGAAACCGUUCAUGUGACUGUAGAAAACGUCCAAGAGUUGCUCCCAGCGGCGUGUCUGCUUCAGCUGAAAGGUGUGAAACAAGCUUGCUGUGAGUUUCUAGAAAGCCAGCUGGAUCCAUCAAAUUGUUUGGGCAUUCGGGAUUUUGCUGAGACACACAAUUGUGUGGAUCUAAUGCAAGCUGCAGAGGUCUUCAGCCAGAAACAUUUUCCAGAGGUGGUUCAGCAUGAAGAGUUUAUCCUUUUAAAUCAAGAAGAGGUUGAAAAGCUCAUCAAGUGUGAUGAAAUUCAGGUGGACUCUGAAGAGCCGGUUUUCGAGGCAGUUAUAAACUGGGUGAAGCACUCGAAAAAGGAGCGGGAAGCGUCGCUGCCAGAACUGCUGCAGUACGUGCGCAUGCCGCUGCUCACCCCCCGCUACAUCACAGACGUCAUCGACACCGAGCCUUUUAUACGAUGCAGUCUGCAGUGCAGAGACCUCGUAGAUGAAGCUAAGAAAUUUCAUCUUCGGCCCGAGCUCCGGAGUCAGAUGCAAGGACCCAGGACCAGAGCACGUCUAGGAGCUAAUGAAGUCCUGCUUGUGAUCGGCGGCUUUGGCAGUCAGCAGUCGCCUAUUGAUGUUGUGGAGAAGUACGACCCGAAGACUCAGGAGUGGAGUUUCUUGCCGAGCAUCACUCGUAAGAGGCGUUACGUUGCUACAGUGUCCCUGCACGACCGGAUCUAUGUGAUUGGAGGCUACGAUGGUCGCUCUCGGCUCAGCUCGGUGGAGUGCUUGGAUUACACAUCAGAUGAGGACGGUAUCUGGUACUCGGUGGCUCCGAUGAACGUGCGGCGAGGCCUGGCAGGAGCCACAACCCUUGGAGACAUGAUCUAUGUUUCCGGUGGGUUUGAUGGGAGCCGACGUCACACCAGUAUGGAGCGAUACGACCCGAACAUUGAUCAGUGGAGUAUGCUGGGAGACAUGCAGACAGCACGGGAAGGAGCAGGGCUUGUUGUAGCCAAUGGAGUUAUCUACUGCCUUGGUGGCUACGAUGGGCUGAACAUACUGAAUUCUGUGGAGAGGUAUGAUCCCCACACUGGACACUGGACAAACGUCACUCCAAUGGCCACCAAGCGCUCGGGGGCUGGAGUGGCUCUGCUGAAUGACCAUAUUUAUGUAGUUGGUGGGUUCGAUGGGACGGCACAUCUCUCCUCUGUGGAAGCCUAUAAUAUUCGCACUGAUUCCUGGACAACUGUAACGAGCAUGACAACCCCUCGCUGCUACGUGGGGGCCACCGUGCUGCGGGGGAGGCUGUACGCCAUCGCUGGAUACGAUGGCAACUCACUGCUGAGCAGCAUUGAGUGCUACGAUCCCAUCAUUGACAACUGGGAAGUGGUGACGUCCCUGGGAAUGCAGCGCUGUGACGCUGGAGUCUGCGUCCUUCGGGAGAAGUGA